AUGACAAAGAAAGAGGCUAUUGCUUAUGCAGUUGAGGAAAUACCACAAAUAUUACCCUAUUUAGAAAAGGAUAAUGUUAUAGAUUUAUGCAAUCAAAUUCUAGCAAAAAAUACUGAUCAUGAUACCAUAGCAAACGCUUUUGUUGAUAUUUUAGGUGCGAGCGAUGCUUCCUUUAGCUUUAUUUUUGAGUUUAAUAAAAAGUUAAACCAAAUAGAGUCUUCUUCUCAAAAUAAAGAGGUUCUUUUGAAUCCUAAUUCUACAAAUUUGUCCAUGGAUAAAAAUAAUAGCCAUUCACAGGUUAAUACCAACACAGUUGUUUCACAAAAAUCAUUUGCACAGGCCGCAGAACAGGAUAAUCUAACUAUUAAAGAUUCAAGAGAGGAUUCCCAUGAAGUAAACAAAGAGGGAGAAAAAGACCAAAUAAAAGACAGUUCUGUGGAUAAUUCCAAGCAACUGAAUAAAAAGACAAAUAGAAAGAUCAAACAACAAAAGAUAGAUAACUUAAACGAUAUAGAAGACUUUUUAAAAGAACUGGAGCUAAAUAGCUCCAAAAAAAACAAUAAAAAUUGGGCCUGCAAUUGCCAAGGAACAAGACAUGAUUUAUUUGAGUUGGUACCUAACUGUUUAUCUUGCGGUAAAAUAAUUUGUGUCAAGGAGGGAUUACAUAUGAAUAAUUGUUCUUAUUGCGGUAAAGAAUUGCUACCCUUGAAAGAAAGAAUUAAAUUAAUUGAGUUAAUUGAUUCUGAAAAACAACAAAUAAAUGACUCUUUAAAAACAUCGUUACCACAAAAAACGACACAAAAAAAGCCACAUUAUUUUAAAAUUCAAUCAGGUAAGGGUAAAAAUCUUUUUGAAGAACAAGAAAAAUUGUUUGACCAAGUGGAAAGGGAAAGAGAACGUGCCAGAAAGAGGGAACACGUUUUAAGAGAUGCAGAAACAGAAAAGGAAAGACAAAGAAAAAUUGACGAUUUGGAAAACAACGAUCCGGAUUUAAUCAAGGCCAGAGAUAGAUUAAAAACUUUAUUACAUUAUCAGGAUACAUCCGCAGAAAGGACUAAAAUUAUUGAUAAUGCCAGUGAUUAUGAUAUUUCGUCCAACGAUAAUAACGAACUCUGGGGUUCUUCAUUUGAAAAGGCCUUAAACAUUAAAAGGCAGCAAAGAAACUUAAAGAAAUUGGAGAAAUUGGAAAUGGAAAGAAAGGGAAGAGGUAAGUUGGUUCUUGAUUUGACUGUGGGCAAAAAUGGGAAAGCUGUUUUAAGACAAAAAGUUCCGGUAAUUAAUAAAGAUCAUUUAAGCUUUGCACAGGAUGAUGAAAUAAUUGAUGAUGAAAACAAUUCUGAUUUAAUAGAAAUUCAAAGGCUGAAGGAAAAAAUCAAUGAAGAGAAAAAAUCCCAUUCAAAUAAGUUAACAAGUUCAGUUUGGGAUUAUGAAAAGGAACAACUGAAGUUUAAGAGACCUUUUUAUGUAGAAACCACUAAUAUUAUACCCAAAAAGGAAUCUGAAAGCAAAAAGGAAUGGAAGCCUAAAGUUCAAUUGAAUACAGAAGAUACUAAUUUAGAGGACAAUAUUAUUGCAGUUCUUUAA